GUCAGCGCUGGCGUCUUCAGCGGGCGCGCGCAGUGACGGCCAUAUUUGAGCGGAUCGGGAUCGCAGCGCAGUGGCCCGCGCGUUAUAUCGCUCGCGUCAGCUGAUCACACGCGCGUUUACCGGACACACACGACGCGGAGAUGCCUCGCGGAACACGCGUCUAGUUCGACCGCAUGACGUCCUUCGGCCCCGCGAUGGAGUCCUCGCGCGAAAUGGAGGUGCAGAGCGUCAGCAGCGAGGUGAAUGGGCAUCAGAUGAUGGAUGAGCCGAUGGAGGAGGACUCCUACACACACUGUGACGAGGGCGCGUAUCAAGAGAUCCACAUCACUCAUCAUGUGAAGGAGGGCUGUGAGAAGGCCGAGCCCAGCCAGUUUGAGCUGCUCAAGGUUUUGGGACAAGGCUCCUUUGGGAAGGUGUUUUUGGUGCGGAAGUUGAUGGGUCCAGAUGCCGGUCAGCUUUAUGCAAUGAAGGUGCUCAAAAAGGCAUCUUUAAAAGUGAGGGACAGAGUUCGCACUAAGAUGGAGAGAGAUAUUCUGGUGGAGGUCAAUCAUCCUUUCAUUGUGAAGUUGCACUAUGCCUUUCAGACAGAAGGGAAACUCUAUUUAAUUUUGGAUUUUCUCAGGGGUGGGGAUGUAUUUACUCGUUUAUCCAAAGAGGUUAUGUUUACAGAGGAGGAUGUGAAAUUCUACCUUGCAGAGCUGGCCCUUGCAUUGGAUCAUCUACACAACCUAGGCAUUGUUUACAGAGACCUGAAGCCUGAAAACAUUUUGCUUGAUGAAGCUGGACAUAUCAAGUUAACAGACUUUGGGCUCAGUAAAGAAUCGGUAGAUCAGGACAAAAAAGCAUACUCGUUCUGUGGCACUGUGGAGUAUAUGGCCCCUGAGGUGGUCAACAGAAGAGGUCACACGCAGAGCGCUGACUGGUGGUCUCUCGGCGUCUUAAUGUUUGAAAUGCUGACCGGCACGUUACCGUUCCAAGGAAAAGACAGGAACGAGACUAUGAACAUGAUUCUUAAAGCAAAGCUGGGAAUGCCACAGUUUCUAAGUCUGGAAGCACAAAGUCUUUUACGAAUGCUGUUCAAAAGAAAUCCGUCAAACCGUUUAGGAGCGGGUCCUGACGGAGUGGAGGAGAUCAAGCGGCACACGUUCUUCUCCACCAUCGACUGGAAUAAACUGUACCGAAGAGAACUUCAGCCUCCAUUCAAACCCGCUGCAGGGAGACCAGACGACACCUUCUGCUUCGACCCAGAAUUCACAGCCAAAACUCCCAAAGAUUCUCCAGGUAUCCCCCCCAGUGCAAACGCUCACCAGCUCUUCAAAGGCUUCAGUUUCGUAGCUCCAGUCUCUCUGGAGGAAAGCAAAAGUGCCCCGCUAGUCAACAUUCUCCCCUUCGUGCAGAUGCACGGAGGCUCGGCUCAGUUUGCAGACGUGUACGAGCUGAAGGAGGACAUCGGCGUGGGUUCCUACUCCAUUUGUAAGCGCUGCAUACACAGGGUCACCGCCAUGGAGUUUGCUGUGAAGAUCAUUGAUAAGAGCAAGCGCGACCCGUCGGAGGAGAUCGAGAUCCUGAUGCGGUACGGACAGCAUCCCAACAUCAUCACGCUGAAGGACGUGUACGACGAGGGCCGCUUCGUGUAUCUGGUGACGGAGCUGAUGAAGGGCGGAGAGCUGCUGGAUAAGAUCCUCAGGCAGAAGUUCUUCUCGGAGCGAGAGGCCAGCGCUGUGCUCUACACCAUCACCAAAACUGUGGACUACCUGCACUGUCAGGGGGUGGUGCACAGGGACCUGAAGCCCAGCAACAUCCUCUACAUGGACGAUUCAGGAAACCCCGACUCCAUCCGCAUCUGUGACUUCGGCUUCGCCAAGCAGCUGCGCGGAGACAACGGUCUGCUGCUGACUCCCUGCUACACGGCUAACUUCGUGGCUCCUGAGGUGCUGAUGAGGCAGGGCUACGACGCCGCCUGUGACAUCUGGAGUCUGGGAGUCCUGCUCUACACCAUGCUGGCGGGGUACACACCCUUCGCCAACGGCCCCAACGACACGCCGGAGGAGAUUCUGCUGCGCAUCGGCAGCGGGAAGUUCUCCCUGAGCGGAGGAAACUGGGACUCAGUGUCCGACUCCUCAAAGGAUCUGCUGUCUCAUAUGCUGCACGUGGACCCUCACCAGCGAUACUCGGCUGAACAGGUACUCAAACACUCGUGGAUCGCCCUCCGCGACCAGAACCCACACUUCCAGCUCACGCGCCACGAGGCGCCUCAUCUGGUCAAGGGAGCGAUGGCCGCCACAUACUCGGCUCUGAACCACAAGACGUGUAAGCCGGUUCUGGAGCCGGUGGCCGCCUCUGGUCUGGCCCAGCGCAGGAACAUGAAGAAGCUGACGUCUACAGACAUGUCCUGAGGAGCUCGGCGCUUCCUCUACACUUCCUGCACUCUUCAGGAGCGCCCCUCUGCUUCUCUCUGGUGGAGGGAAGAACACCAGCUCCAUCUCCAUCCCGCUUCACACACACAUCUCCUGAAGACACCUCCAGCUCACACAGAUUGUGCCGGAAGCCUGUUUGUAGGACCAUGAAGAACAUUUGUGACAAUCAAGCCCUUUUUCCUAUUAAUAUCAGGAUUUGUCUUGACUAAAUUCUCCGGUAUGUGCUACAGCAAAUACAACCUUCUUCUGAAUACUUUACAGGUGAAAUGAUGUCUAGUUGUCCCACUUUAAAGGAUAAGUCCAUUUCCAGAAUACAGAUUCCCUGAUAAUUUACUCACCCCCAUGUCAUCUUUCUUUCUUCAGUUGCAUUUUUAAUUUUUUUAUUUUUUUGAGAAAAAUAUUCCAGGAUUUUCUCCAUAUAUUGGACUUCAGUGGUGGCCAAUGAUUUGAAGGUCCAAAGCGCGAAAUAAGGACCUUAUCUAGUGAAACAAUUGGUCAUUCUCUGAAAUAAUUAAUAUUUAUACACUUAACACACAAAUGCUGUGCUAGCAUUAGCUCUGCGAUGCGUGUCUGUAUUAGCUGAUGUUGGAAAGGUCAAGCGUGACGCAGGCGGAAGCACUGACUCACUGUUUACAGAGCAAACAAACAUGCAAUGAAAGUCAUGCCCUUUACAAAAGAGGAAGGUAAAACUGAUGUCGGAUGAUUUUAGAGUUGGAGGAGAAAAUAAGAUGGAGUUUUUAAAUGAAGAACUAACCACACGUGACUUUUCCAACAGGAUUAUGUGACGUGUGAAAACAUCGCAGAGCAGAGCUAGAGCUAGUCCAGCAUUUGUGGUUAAAACGUAUAUAAAUAUUAAUUUUUUCAGAGAAUGACCAAUCGUUUUGCUAGAUAAGGCACUUAUUCCUCGGCUGCGGUCGUGUAGAGCUCUUCAACCCGUCGAGCACCACUGAAGUCCACUCUAUGCAGAGAAAUCCUGCAGUGUUUCACUAAAAAAACCUUAAUUUCUUUGUGACUGAAGAAAGAAAGACAUGAACGUCUCGGAUGACAUGGGGGUGAGUAAAAGAUCAGGAAAUCUGUGUUCUGGAAGUGGACUUGAGAUGAGAAUUGGAUGAAUGCACCUAAAAUGCGGUGAAUUGUCAACGGUGUUACCGUGCAAAGCAUCUUAACGGUCCUUAAAACAGGCACGAUACGGUUACGACCUGCACAUUUCUCACCGCUCUCCAUCUGUUAGCCACUUCCUGUCCCGUUAGUGUUGCGAUCCACAUGGCAUUACCUCAGAAGCACUCAGUGUUAGCGUCUCCUCGGCUCGGUGUAUAUAGACUCGUUCGUCGUGUGUGUGUGUGGAUCCUUGAGCACAUUUGCACUGAGGCUCGUCUGUUCCCGUCUCGGACCGCUCUUUGCCUUUUGUUGAAUGGGAAGUACAUGAGCAAAGGGUGGAGAAGUAAAUCUAUAUUUAUAAAGUCGAAUGAGGUGGAUGAAUGUAGAUGAGAUUGGAUCCACGAAAUCGCAUCUCUCUGCUCCAGAUGGAGGGAAAAAAAAAUAUUCCAUGAAACUUUUUAAAGACAUUGUGGAAAUUGUAUCAUAUUGUAUUUAUUUCACUUAUUUUUAAAAUUUUAUUUUUCUUUCAGGUGAUGUACAUAUUGACAUUAAAGAACAUUAUUGACAUGA